UCUGUUCCAGAUGUAAAAGUACAGGAGUUUAGAAGCUGAGGACUAAAAGCUCAUGGACUGAUACAGCUCUGCUCACAGCAGGAGCAGUCCUACAGGAUGGAAGGUGAUCCACAAGUGUUGGAGGACGAUCCAGAUCAAAAAGAUCAAAUCAGUCCUGUCCAGACCACCACAACCCAGAACCCCACAGCUUCCAGUGAACUGGUCCAGAACACCACAACCCAGAACCCCACAGCUUCCAGUGAACUGGUCCAGAACACCACAACCCAGAACCCCACAGCUCCCAGUGAACUGGUCCAGAACACCACAGCUCAGACUGGAGGGAAUGUCAUUGCACCUGUUCUACAUGGAAAUGUGUUUAAUGGACCAGUUCAUAUUCACACUGGAGCUGAAUCUCAGCAUGAAGGUGGAGCAGGUGGAGGACAGGUAAUGAGUGAGAGUUCAGCAGCCUCUUCUACUACACUGACUGCAGAUAAAAUGCAAUUAAAACUAAAAGAGGAGUUUAAGAAGAAAUUUGCAAACCUUUAUGAAGGGACGUCACAGGAAGGGGAUUAUGCUCCUCUGAAAGACAUUUUUACUGAACUCUAUGUGAUUAAAGGCUGCACAGGAGGAGUAAACGCUCAGCAUGAAGUGAGACAGAUGGAAGGAUUUUAUCCCAAACCAGGAGAAACAUCAGUCAACUUCAGUGAAAUUUUUAAAGUGCAGUCUGGAGAAAAUAAGUCUGGUACAAAAGUUCUUACACUGGGAAUUGCUGGCGUAGGUAAAACAGCCUCUGUACACAAGUUUAUUCUGGACUGGGCUGAGGAAAGGCACAACCAGGAUUUAGAUUUCAUUCUGUUUCUUCCCUUUCGGGAGCUGAAUUUGAUUAAAGAGAAUUCCCUCAGGCUUUCAGAUCUUUUACACUAUUUUCACCCUGAACUCUACAUAGAAGAUGUAAUGGAGAUUUUAAAAGGUAAGUACACUGUAGCUUUGAUUCUAGAUGGACUGGAUGAAAGCAAAAUUCCUCUAAACUUCAAUCAAGAGAAAGUAUUAAAUGCACAAGCGAAGAUCUCUCUGAAUAAACUGCUAACAGGCAUCAUUAAAGGAGAGCUGCUUCCCACUGCUGUUAUUUGGAUAACUUCUCGACCUGCAGCAGCCAAUCAGAUCCCACGUAAAUACUUCCUGAUCAUUACAGAAAUCCGUGGAUUCAAUGACUCACAGAAGGAGGAGUACUUCAGAAAGAGAAUCCAAAACCAGGAUGAAGCCAGCAGAAUCAUUUCACAUAUCAAAGCCGCAAGAAGUCUUCAUAUCUUGUGUCACAUUCCAGUCUUCUGCCGGAUCUCAGUCUCUGUUCUUCAGGAAAUGAUUAAGAAAGACAAAGAGAUGGAAAAUGCUCCCACAACUCUUACAGAAAUGUACAUUCGUUUCCUGAUCUUUCACACAAGACAGAAGAGUGAGAAAUACAACAUAGAACAGAACGUGGAUGGUGCAGUUCCAUCAUCUAAGAGAGAAAAAAUUGAAGCUGAGAGUGUACUGAAACUGGCAAAAUUAGCCUUUCUUCAGCUACAAAAAGAACAGCUCAUAUUCUAUGAGGAAGAUCUGAAAGAGUGUGAUAUUGAGGUAGAAGAAGCCGUAGUGCACUCUGGAGUCUGUACCCAGAUCUUUAAAAAGGAUGAGAAGUUCUACAGCUUUGUACAUUUGAGUUUCCAGGAGUUCCUCGCUGCUGUGUUUGUUUUCAUCACAUCCAGUGAUGAAAGUAAUCCACUCUUCCAGACCUGGUGGGAGAAAAUAAAAUGGAGGUACAAACACACACUGGAUAAUCUUCUGAAGACAGCUGUGGAGAAAGCCAUGAAGAGUAAAAAUGGACACCUGGACCUUUUCCUCCGCUUCCUCUUUGGCCUCACUCUGGAGUCCAAUCAGAGGCUCCUCAAGAGUCUACAGCCAGAAAUAGAGAUAAAUAAAGAGGAUCUGAAGGGGGCUAUAGGCUACAUUAAGAGAAAACUCAAAAAGAAGAAAUCUUCUGAAAAGACCAUCAAUCUCUUCCACUGUCUAAGUGAAAUGAAAGACACCUCACUCACAGGAGAAAUCCAGAAGUUCCUGAACUCAGGAACACUCUCAACACAGGAACUCUCAUCCACACAGUGGUCAGCUCUGAUAUUUGUGCUGAUGAUGUCAGAGGAGACUCAGGAGAAGUUUGAACUGAAAAAAUACAGAGCAUCAGAAGAAGGACUGAGGAGAUUACUGCCUGUGGUGAAAAACACACGGCGAGCUCUGUUGGAUCACUGCAGUCUCAGUAAAAACGCCUGUGAAACACUGGCAUCAGUACUCAUCUCGGAUUCAGCACUGCUAGAGCUUGACCUCAGUAACAAUGACCUGCAGGAUUCAGGAGUGGAGCUGCUCUCUGCUGGACUGAAAAGUUCACACUGUAAACUACAGAUUCUCAGCCGGGAUCAGCUGUUAGCCUUUAGCAUAACAAGGCUACCUCCAGGGGAGCAGCCCGAGAUCCCCCGUGAGCUAAAGAGGAGGCAGCGGGGGUGUCGUGCGGGUGCUCAGCGGCGCGCGAGAAGGAGACGCUACAAACCCGUUCUUCCUUCUAUCAUCAUGGGGAAUGUGAGAGCUCUCCCCAAUAAGAUGGAUGAGUUGGCGGCGCUGACCCGACACCAGAGGGAAUUCCGUGAGUGUAGCGUUAUGCUGUUUACAGAGACGUGGCUAACAGCGCUAGCUCCGGACACGCUCGUCUCUCUGGAUGGAUUUCACCUCAUACGGGCGGACAGGACAGCGGAGAGUGCUGUGAGCAGGAUUCAGACCCAACACCCACAGGCCCUCCUUGUGAUCUCAGGAGACUUUAACCACUGCACUCCAUCCUCAACCCUGUCUACCUUCACCCAGUACGUUACCUGCCACACCAGAGACAAUAAAACACUGGACCUGUUCUAUGCCAAUACAGAGGGGGCAUAUGACUCAUCACCCCUCCCCCCUCUAGGAAGAUCAGACCACAACCUGGUUCAUCUCCUGCCUGUGUACAAACCUCUCGUACACAGAGAACCAGCUGUCACCCGCACUGUGAAGAAAUGGACUGCAGAGACUGAAGAGGCUCUGAAGGACUGUUUCAGCACGACACUCUGGGAGGAACUGUGUGAUCCUCACGGGGACGAUAUUGAGGGCCUUACACACUGCAUAACGGACUAUGUCAACUUUGUGGAGUGUGGAGAACACUGUACCCACCAAAACUGUGCGGUGUUUCUCCAACAACAAACCAUGGAUCAACCCUGA